AUGAAUGAUUCAAAAGAUCAUCAUUCAACUGGUUCUUAUGUCGAACCAAGAGUUCCGAGUAUAACUGGUUUUGGACAAAGAAAAAUCAAUGGCAAACCUAAGAAAGUACUGGAUUAUUCUUUGGAAAAAUGUAAUGACCAUUCUGGAAUUCCAAAAAUUGAUGUCUGCUUACGCUUAAAACCACGAAUAAAUAGUGUUCCUACUGGGGUUGAUACUUUAACAAUAUUGAGUGAUAAUAUUGUUGCUUGCAGCAAUGGAAAUACAAGAGAUGAUGUUACAGAGUAUACAUUUUCUAGUGUAUUUGGUCCAAAUGUUGAUCAAAAGAAAUUUUUUGACACCUGGGUAUACGAUAAAGUAUUAAGAUUUUUAAAUGGAAAUAAUGAAUUAUUAUUUGCGUAUGGCACGACAAAUGCAGGAAAAACAUAUACAAUUCAUGGAAAUAUAAAUGAUCCUGGUAUGAUUCCUAGAACUUUACUACUUGUGUUCAAUUCAUUAAAUGAAAAGUUAAUGUCAAAAUGUAAGUACAAACCUGAUAAAGUUAUUGCAGCCCAUAUUUUGGAUGAAAAGUUAAUGGAAUCUGAAGAGGAUAUUAGAAAUAAUAUCUUAAACAAUUGGUCUAAUGAUAAAACACAAGAUGAUUUUAAGUCUUGUACGUCUCAAGUAGAUGAAUGUCAAACUAUAAAUGGCAUUGAUCAGCUUACUAAUCAUAGUAUAGUGAAAAUGUUUGAUUAUUUGAAAAAUGAUGGAAUAGCGUCAUUGGAUCAUGGCAAUGUCUCCUACACAGUUUGGGUUUCAUAUUCUGAAAUUUACAACGAAUCCAUCUAUGAUUUAUUGAUAACUUACUCUGCUAACCAAAAACGAACACCUCUCAAAUUGUCACUUGACCAAAAUAAGAAUGUAUAUGUGAAAAAUCUUACUCAUGUAUUUGUUCAGUCUGCCGAAGAAGCAUAUAAAGUAAUGUCUUUUGGAAGAACUAAUUUAAGAAUUGCCAGCAACAAUUUAAAUAAAUCCUCAAGUCGUUCACACUGCAUUUUCACAUUAAAAUUAAUGAGAGUAGAAAACAUUGAAGAUCCUAAAACAGCCGUCAUUAGCAGUAUUUCAUUUUGUGAUUUGGCUGGUUCUGAACGACUUAAAAAAACUAUGAACAUUGGUGAUCGUCUUACAGAAUCUAAAAAUAUUAAUACUUCAUUAUUAGUUUUAAACAAAUGUUUCUCCGUGUUACGUGAAAAUCAAAAAAAAGGAGAAAAUCAUUUGGUUCCCUACAGAGAGUCCAAAUUAACUCAGAUGUUUCAAACUGCCUUAACUGGAAAUAAUAGAACUGGUAUAUCAAUGGCAGUUAAUGUAGAUAUGUCUCCAAAUCUUUUAGAAGAAACCAAGCAAGUGUUAUUCAUGUCUGCUAUAGUGCGAGCUAUUACUAAAACAAAAUCAAAACCUAUUUCAAAACCAAGGCCAAGUUUUGCUGUAUGGGCUGCAAAUAACCGAAAAAGCAUAAAACAGGCAACCUCCAAACAAAGUCCAAUAAUUGAAGAUGAGCAUAGCGUAAAUAACUCAAAAUGUGAAGAAAAAUCAAUGAUUUCUAAUGAAGAGUUUGAAGCAAGAUUCAAAGAAAAAGAAGCAAUACUCCGAAAAGAAUUACUCCAACAGUUCCAUACAAUUUUAAAUAACAAUAAUACAUUCCACACUAAACAAAAAGAAACUAUGAUAAAAAACAAAACAGAAAUGUAUGAGAAUAAAAUUAAACGAUUAAAAGCAUAUUAUUCUGAAGAAAUUCGUGAGAGAGAUGAAAAAUUAGCACUUCAUUCUAAUCCCAACCUCACAAAUACUUAUGAAAACAAUAAAAAUAAGAGUGAAAUGGAAAAUUAUGAAUUCAGAAUUGGAGAACUUGAAAUUCAAAAAGAAGAAUUACUUGCAGAAAUUAAUGUCUUGAAAAAUGUCCAUGAUAUGAGGCAAGACGAUAUUGAUGUUAAGAACCGUGAAAUUGAAAACUACAAAGUCAUGUUGGAAGAGGCAAAUACUGAAUAUGAACAAAUGGAGGCAGACUUAAACGAGAUGAAUAAUAAAUUUGAUGUAUUAUAUCAAGAAAUAGAAGAUAAGAAUUUAGAAAUCGAACGACUAACUGGUUCAUUAGAGGUAAAAGACAAUUAUAUUACAGAAAUGGAACUUCUCCAAGAAGAACGUACAACUGAAUUGGCAGAACAAAAAAUUUUAAAAUACAUGGAUGAAAAAAUAGAAACAAUUGUUGGCUUGGAAAAUACAAUAUCAAAAUUAAAAAAAAAAAAUAUAAAAUAUAAUGAAGAGAAGUCUAAUAUGGCAAAGCAAUAUCAAACUUUGAAACAGAUGUUAAAGGCCACAGAACAGUCAAAUACAGAUAAAGAAUCAAAGAUUGCAAAACUCCAAGAAGAAGUUCACAAAUUAGAAUAUGUAAUGAAGGAUACUGAAAAUCAAUUUAAUGAACUUCAGACGGCAUUUGAUAAUUUAAAAGCAUCAAGUGUGAAACCACCAACUAAAAGUAUAGCUGUAGUAACAAAUUUAAGCAACAUUCAAUUACCUUUACAAAUGGUGAAUAUAUCAGAAGAGAAAGAAAAUAUGCUUUUAAAAUCAGAUCGUAAACCUGAAAGAAGAUGUAAAAAUAAAACUCCAUUAACAAAUAUCAAGAAAACAAAAAAUAUGAAAAUUGUAACUCCGGAUAGCUGUGACAGAAAGAUAGAUGAAGCCAUAGCUAACAUUCCAAUUAGUACACGGAAACGCAAGUUGUUUGAUAACAAACCUCCGUUAAUUGACAGUAGUAACAUACCUUCUGAUAAUUCCUUGAAUUCAGUUCUUUCUCCAGCUCGUGCGCUACACCAAAUAUCAAAACUACGUGUAAAACAAUAA